GUGUAUUAAGUAGCCGUUAUAAAAUCAAGUCAAAAGGAGUCAUGUGACACCCUCACAACCUGCCGGAGGGAGCGAAGAAAAAUAUGGCGCUCAGGGUCGUUUGGUUCAUUUCCACCGUUUUUAGUUUUGUUCAUUUGACACCUUUAAUUUCACUCGAAGAGGAAUAUCAGUUCAAACAGUGGAUGUCACAGCACAACAAGGUUUAUGAUGCUGAGCAGUAUUACCACCGGUUCCAGACCUUCACUGAGAACAAGAGAAUAAUUGAUCGUCAUAAUGCUGGGAAUCACUCCUUCACAAUGGGCCUGAAUCAGUUCUCGGACAUGACAUUUGAAGAAUUCAGGAAAUCCUUCCUUUUGACAGAGCCACAGAAUUGCUCAGUUACUAAAGGGCGACAUGUCUGCAGGAACGGUCCUUUACCCAAGUUUGUGGACUGGAGGACGAAAGGCAACUUUGUGACUCCGGUGAAGGAUCAGGGUCGCUGUGGAAGCUGCUGGACUUUCUCCACCACUGGUUGUUUGGAGUCAGUGAACGCUAUCGCAACUGGGAAGCUAAUACCUCUGUCUGAGCAGCAGCUGAUAGACUGUUCCAGACACUUCAACAAUUAUGGAUGCCUGGGGGGGCUCCCCAGCCAGGCGUUUGAGUACAUCAAAUACAACAAAGGUCUUAUGACAGAGGAGGACUAUCCUUACAAAGGCUUUGAUGACACCUGCCAUUUUGAGCCUGCGCUUGCAGCUGCUUUUGUCCUGGAUGUUGUCAACAUAACAAGUAAUGACGAAAAGGCCAUGGUUGAUGCCGUGGCCCGGCUCAAUCCUGUGACCUUCAGCUUUGAUGUCACAGAUGAAUUCAUGCAUUACAGAGAAGGUGUUUACUACAGCACCCGGUGUAAGAACACAGCAGACAAGGUGAAUCAUGCGGUCCUCGCUGUGGGUUAUGGCAUUGACGACAGCGGCACACCAUAUUGGAUUGCGAAGAACUCUUGGGGCGCAUUGUGGGGAAAGGACGGGUAUUUUUUGAUUGAGCGAGGAAAAAACAUGUGUGGACUGGCUACAUGCUCUUCCUACCCUCUACCUUCAGUCUGAGGAGCAACAUGGCAGACAAGGGGAGGACUGAUGAAACAACCUUAAUUGAGUCUGUGUGAUGGGAAGUUGGUGUUUGUGAUGUUUAUGUGUUUUCGUGACUCCAGAAGACGUUUUAUGUGGCCUAUCUGAGUGCUUGACAUAAACUCAGGAGGUCAACAGUAUGUGCAGUAUAAUGCCGCUGCAAGGAGGAAAAAAUGCAUCAUUUGAGAACAUAAACUAAAUGCCAUGAACAUGCAUAACUAUUUUACAUAAGAUAGAGUUCAGAAACUUAUUGUAUACUCACUUUUUAGGGAACGUUUGCUUAUCAUCAGUGCUGUCACGCUUGCUAUAAGUUCAGGCGACCCAGUAACCACAUUCUUGUACAUUUAGCUAUGGUGCAGCUCCACCAGAUCAUGUGCAUGCACAAGUACAUCUUAAGAGCAUGUUAUGUGUGGGGGUUUUAAAAGAAGUAUGCAUGCCAGAGGGUCUGGGCUAAAUGGCAGCUACAGUCUGUGUCGAUUCCUGCAGGAUACUUUUCCAUUCAGUUUAUUUUAUAAUGGUAAAUCAGAUUUUCCCAUAGCACUUACAUAAUUGUAAGAAAUUGCAUUGGAUCUGGACAUGUGCCAGCACCCAUACUGGGUUUGUAUGUAUUUUGUACAAUGUUUCUUACAAAUAUUAAAUCAAUAUUUUUCAGGCUCUCAA